ACACACACACACACACACAAACACACACGUGCACAAAUAUAUACUCAACCACAGACUACACCAGACUACACCAGACCAGAACCUGACUAGGGGUAAAUCCUUCCCCGUCUUUAUUCUGCUGUGACAUUUCCUUUUACCCCUUGUUCUGUGCGCCGUGCUGCAUACUUGAGGGCACCCUAACCGUUUGCUACCAGCAAAAAAGGGGACAAUACCUUAAAAAAAAAAGGGACAUUCGGGGCAUUAUAUUAUCGAAAUGUGCAAUUGUUCACAAUGUCUGGCUUUGAGAUAUCGGGCCGAGGAAAUUAUAGCUGUCAUCACCUGCCAUCAUGUGACUCCAAGACUAGAAUCUCUGAUGGGUCUUGACCGAAGUCACAUUGAAGAUGAGGCAUUACGGCAUGCUUCAUGGUACCAGGCCGGUAUUCCAAGAGAAAUUGCUCUGGAGAUCUUACAACAAGAAGAAGUUGGCUCUUUCAUUGUACGAGACAGCACCACCCACCCAGGAUGUUAUGCCUUAUCGGUUAAGGUGCCGAAAUAUGAAAAUCUGUCGGGCAUUUCCCAUUAUCUUAUCCUUAAAACACAUCGCGGGGUUAAGUUAAAGGGACUUGAUAAGGAAUGGCCAAACCUGGCAUCGCUGGUUACUCACCAUACAGUCAUGCGGGAGAUGUUGCCCUGCACACUGAAGCUGCCUAGAAACUCUCAGAAUCCUACUUUCAAAGAUACCGACAAAGACGACAAGGACGAAGAUCCUGACUAUCAGCGGUUAUCAGACUUUUCAACCAUGAUGGCUGACCUCAAAAUGUAGCCAUCCAUGGAUACAAUGUUAUAUUUCAAACACACAAGCACACACACAACCUCCCCCCCUCCUCAUUUUCAUUAUAAUUAUUAUUGAUUAUUAUAAAAAAAAAAAAAAAUCAAAAAAACACUGGUGGAUUGG